AUGGGAAUCUGUCAAACCUAGUCAAUAAAAUAAGAAAAGAAUGAAAAUAAUAACUAGAAAGAAGAGUAAUCAAAUUAAAUUACAAAUCAAAUAAAUAAAUAAGAAACUGUUAAAAUGUUUGACCAUUACACAAAUAAAAUUGUGGAAGUACCAGUAUUAGUACCUGCUACUUAAAAUUCAUUGUAUUCCAAAAGAUAGACUCGUAGUCCAAAUUUUAAUCCAAAUUCUAAGCAACUACUGGCUUUAUCUUGA